AACGGUCAUUUUAAACAAUUAUAAGCUAAUCAUGACAACUGAAGGUCGACAAGGGAAGCGCCAAAUGCCUCCGUUUGCGCCACCGUUAUGAGAUGAAAAGUAUGGUUUUUGGAGUGUUAUUUGAUAUACCGGACCUAUUACACACUGUUUAUCUGCCUACAUUAAAAACCUUAUCCUUUUGUCCUUUGAAAAUUUCCUAUUUGCUACUAAAUAUGGUGACUUUUCACUCAUAAGUGAACCGAUGUAUAUAUAUAUACCUAAGGCCUCAGCAACUUCAAAGAAAUCUCCAAGUGGUAGUGAACUCCUGCAUAUUCGACAAGCAUUGCCUGUAUGGAAACACAAAGAUGUAGUGGUUAGUGCUAUAAUGAAAAGUGAGCACUGUGUUAUCGUGGGUUCAACGGGAUCUGGCAAAACUACUCAGAUCCCUCAGUUUUUAUAUGAAAAUAAUUUGACUACUGGAGGCAUUGUUGCAAUAACUCAGCCCAGGCGUGUCGCUGCCAUAAGCAUAGCACUGCGUGUUGCAGAUGAAGUUGGUCGUGGUCCUGUUGGUAUCGGACCAGUUGGUUACUGUGUGAGAUUCGAAGAUGUUUCAAGUGAAAAGACAACGCAUCUAAAAUACAUGACUGAUGGUAUGCUCUUACGUGAGGCUAUUCUUGACCCCGACCUUUCACGUUACAAUUUCAUUAUAUUGGAUGAAGCACAUGAACGCAGUUUGAACACUGACAUUUUAUUCGGCGUGGUUUUAUCAGCGGCUAAAAGACGCGCAAACUCCCAGUCCCUGUGGUAUAGUUCUCAGUAUAAACUUGCAAACAAUCAGUUGAAUGGGUUAAGGAAAGAUAUUCAAAAUAAAAAACCUCUUCCAUUGCUGAAAAUUAUCGUAAUGUCAGCUACGAUUGACCCAACUCCUUUCUUAAAUUUUCUCGGUCCAGAUCAUACUCAGGUUGUCUAUAUUGAGGGCCGAUUACAUCCUAUCAAGAUACUGAAUGUCUCUCAAUCCUUAACAGAUUAUGUGGCUGAUGCCGCUUCUGUUUGUUUUAGAAUUCAUAAAACGAAAAAUUGUCCUCUGGAUCGUGGUAUUUUAAUUUUCUUAACUGGUGAAGAAGAGAUUAUGCGUUGUUGUUCGCUUAUAAAACAACUCUUUCAUUCAUCAAAUAUUGAUCAUGCAAGUUCAAAUGUUGAUUCAAAAAACCGCCAACUUGUAGUAUUCCCCUUUUUUUCAUCCCUACCCCAAGUUCAACAGUUGAAAGCGUUGAACUUUUGUGAUAAUAAUGCUCGUAAAGUGAUUGUUAGUACAAAUUUGGCAGAAACUUCUAUCACAAUUCCAGGCGUACGUUAUGUGAUCGAUUGUGGACGCGUGAAAGUGAAGGAUUGGGAUCCUAAAACAGGUUUUGAAUGUUUUCGUGUCCAGUGGAUUUCGAAAAGUCAAGCAUGGCAGCGAUCAGGUCGUGCAGGACGUGAAGCAGCUGGUGUUUGUCUUCGUCUUUAUACAGAUUCAGAGUAUAAAAAUAUGCCUCUUCAACCUAGACCACAAAUAUUACGAUCUCCACUUAAUGGAGUAUUGUUGAAUCUUGUUUCAAUGAAUAUACAAAAUCCUAUUCAGUUUCCGUGGUUAUCGCCGCCCAAAGCAACCUCCAUUGACGCUGGUAUCAAAUUACUACUCCGAUUAGGGGCUGUUGAAGUGAAUUACAAUGUAGGAUCACAGUCUUCUGAGUCUGUUCAACAAUCAACACUUGUCGCAGAUACUGCUAAACCAACUGAUUCUGUACAGAUACCUUAUCAUUUAUCUCUUACUGUUUUAGGGCGACUAAUGUCAGCAUUCCCUCUGGAACCAAGAUUUUCUAGAACCUUAGUCUCCGCUGCAUACUUGGGUUGCUUGGUCGAAAUGCUUAGUAUCAUAAGUAUGCUGUACGUUUCUCCUGUAUUUUAUGUGCCAGUUGAAAAGCGCAGUGAAUUUUCAGAUGUACAGUCUAGAUUUCGGCAUCCAUCUGGUGAUCUUGUCAGUCUUCUGCUGAUUUAUCAUGGAUUUAUUAAAGCCACAAAAGAUUCUCGAUCUGAGAAAUUAGUCAACUCCGAGAUUUCUACUUCAACAAAUUUAUAUUCCUCCUCCCAAACUCCCUCAAAAGAUAAACUACGCAAGCGUAAUUCUAAGCUUCAAUGGUGUCGCGCAAACUUCAUAAAUCGAGCUCGUUUAGACACUGCUGUACGCGUACGUGCUCAGCUUAAAAAAAUCUCUCAAGGUUCGGGAUUAGCUGGUUAUUUGCGUUCCUGUGGAACAGAUACGGAGAAAGUAGUACAAUCAUUCCUCUUGUCAGGUUUUCAAGAUCAGGUUGUUAUUCUAUCUGAACUUUCAAAAAUGUCCAAAGAAAACUCGAAUCAAGUCAUAAAAGGCUCUCAACAUCCUGUAUAUGUUCAUAGUAAGAGUAAUUUGACGACUAAUUCACCACAAGAAUUAUUAAUUCACCCAGAAUCACAAUUAUAUGUAUCUUCACUCAAUCAUCCACCACCGUGUUUAAUUUUUAUUGAAGCAGUGACGAAUAGCGAUUGUAAUGUUCAGUGUAACGAUGUAGUUAGUCAAGGUGAUCGUAUUUUUAUGCGACAUGUUUCAAUAAUUGAUCAGUCUUGGCUAUCACUUACAGAAAAUAUACCUAUAUCUUCGAAUCACAUUAAUUUACAGUCAGUAGCAAAGAAAAAGUCUAUCACAUCCAACCUUUUACCACAUGGUAAAAAACGUCGCAAAAAUUCUGAUUCAGCAUCAUCACAAUCAACGUCUGAAAAUGCAAACUGCAAAACACAUACUACUACUACUAGUAGUAAUAACAAUAAUAAUAUUGAUGUAAAUACAACGCUACCAAAUAAUAAUGUUAUAUCAAACUGCUCACAAAAUACGUCUAUACCAUCAAGUCAUCAUGUGGACACACACUUAACACGUUGUCAAAGAAGGCGCCUUGCUAAACGUCGUAAACGAAAUUUAAAUCUUCAACCUGUAAAUAAUUUAGCUUAAGGAAAAAGAUUUGUUAUAUUCAAUUUCUUAAUUUCUUUCAUUCACCAUAAGAUAUAUUUGUAUAUUCUAAUAUUGAAGAUUAUGGUGAGGAUAACUUCCUGUAUUUAUUGAAAGUCUUGUGAAGUACAAAUUACACCUUUAUACAUAUACACGUAUGAUGUCUGGUCCUGAAAUAAACUAUUUUCACUGGUACUAAGUUUUAGAUAAAGAAUUACUAACC